AUGGCUUUACCUUACGUACAAACCAUCACCUCCGUGCUGCUCGUCUUGCCGUCAUCAGCACACGGUACGUCGAACAAAAUUUCAAGUGUUCAAGGAAAGUUGGAAAGCUUCGACAGCUCUCAGCAGAAAAUCAUAAGUACGCUGUUUAACUUGACGGAGAACCAACACGUGCAGAACGACCACAAUUUCAUCUUUCCGCCACUGUUCUGGAAAAAGAAAAAAGGAGUGUACGAAAGUGAUGUCAAACUCAACUUCCAUGGCGACCCAACACUGGCAGCGAUGAGAGAUAGCUUCAAAGUGUUCGAUAACAACAUGUUUGCCACAGCAUGGAUUACUUCUUGUUUGAUCGAAGCCUACGAAUACGGCGAAGCCCCAAAACCCUCUGAUGCAUUGAUUUCUAUAUCGCUUGAAGCACUAGGCGAUUUUCAUGACAGAAAUUCACCCCAGCAACCAAAUGCCAUCAUGACGUUUUGGCCGGAGGCCUACAAUGCUUCGUCGUCGUCAUGGGAGAGUACUCCGGAUAAUCUGUUGGCACUUUUUAAGAUGGCCGAUUAUUUGCCGUGGAGCAUUCUGGAGAAGAUUCUGACCUUCCUCGGUUUCUCAGAAGAAGCAAAAUACAUUAAUUGGAUUCCAGCUGCGUUAAUGUUGUUAAGGGCCUCUGUGACCUGGGCAGCUUACCUCAAGGCCUUUCAGAUUACUCCAGAUUUUGACGACACCUUUGUUAACCUUGGACUAGGUACGCUGCUGUUUCAAUAUACAAGUGACUUUCCCUCCUCUCACACCUUGUGGCGUCGUCAGAACACAAAUCUAGACAGCAUUUGGACCGCUCUCAAGAAGUUUGCUUACAGACCGUUUUCCGGUGACCGCGACGUAAACACAAUCGACCCAAGGACAUACUUCUACAUCCGCGGCUUUCUGGAACAGGCCAAUGACACGGGGAGAGAUGUGGCCCUCAUUCCCACCUGGGUUCAAGAUCUGGCGGGUAACAGAAAUAUGAGCCAGAGGAACGUUGCCAUGCCGUUUAACAUCAACAAUGUAGACGCUACUGUGUCCGCUAACGCCAUAUUUGGUAUCACAGCUGCUGCAGUUGGAGGACUCAUUAAUGACAGUGUACUUAAUGACCCGACAUUACAGAAAAUCUACCUGAACACUUCAGCCAUGUUGGUUUAGAUCGAGCAUGACUUCGUGGGGCGGAGGGAUUUGGCCUUGACAUACUACCCGUCUCUCAUUGAAUUCUAUUGGUUCGUGUCCAGAACAUUUUUCACUCCUCCAGCGCCAAGUACACAGGACACAGUCCGUACCGGAAAUGGCAUUAAGAUUUUGAUUUUUGACAGCCACUUGAAACUGUGCGACGGAACCUUUGGUGUGGUCCUUCAAGAUCAUGUCACUAACGUUAUCGUGAACCAAGCAAAAGAGGAAGGAAGCGAAAUGGUGUAUUUUGACGACUUUCUCGGGGAUGGAGAUUUUACAGAUGAUGGCGAACCCGAGGUAAGAGGUGAGGACCGAAUCUUCACUACCGCUAUGGCUGUUAACACAUUGGUGAACACGUGGACGGUAUUUGACUACGCCAAGGGGCAGACAUCAUGGAUCACGGAAGUUCCGGCAGUUGUCCGGGAUAUUGUGAAGAAGGCAACACUGUGGUUGACUGAGAAUGCCACGAGUGGAAAAUAUAAACCCUGGAAUGCUUUCUUUUCGGGCUCUGUCAAGGGUGAUGAUACUCUUCCAAUCUGGUAUCCAUUCAACCGUUUCGAGUAUCUGAAUGGCACGAAAAUCCCUCUGAACGCUACCAUUUUUUCUGAAGACGUUCUUAUCGGGUUUGAAGGGAUAGUGUCGGAAGAUGAAUAUCAGGUAAUGCUCAACCAGACUCGCUUCGGAAGACGAACGCCAAUGGUUUUUAAGGGUUUCAACUCUGGCAACAAUUCCUUUCCCUUCUGGUGCUCUGAAGCAUAUACUUACGCCACCACCAUGCUGGCUUUGGCCCAAACCAUCUCCGUGACGUCACCAGGUCCUGAGUCCAACGUCAUUCCUACGCUUUGACCCAUUAAAAUCAAACUGUAGAUGCACUUGUAAAGGAAUAAUGAGGGAAUAAACAAAGCAAG